GUGUCAGAGGUGUUCAGUUGGUAGGGGACGGUCGCGGGGAGAAGCUCACCGCCUGCAUUCAGAAUGGGUGUGAGCCUGGCGGCCUGGUCCCUGCUGGUGAUGGCUUGCGGAUGGCGGGCAGAGGCGGCGUGCCAGGGUGUGGCGGCUCGCGAAGGUGACGUCACUGUGCACUGCGACGGCGUCGCGCCGGACUGGGCCAACCUGACGACGGUCACCAGCGGCGUGGAAGUGCGCGGUCUGCAGCUGCCGCAGCUGGGCCCGGACUUCCUGGCCGGACACGUCUUGGCGCAGCUGACGCACCUGUACCUGCCCCACAACCAGAUCCGGACGGUGCUGGAGAAUGCUACAAUGGGUCUGCCGGGGCUGCUCACUCUGGACCUGUCGCACAAUCGGCUGGAGCGGCUGGAGGCUGGGGCGCUGGUCGGCAGUCCACAGUUGGAGACGCUCGUGCUGUCCCACAACCAUCUGCUGUCGCUGGCCAUGCCACUGCCCCAGGACUGGUCCUUCCUGGUGCCGCUGACACAGCUCAGCCAUCUACAGGUGCGCCACUGCAGCCUGACAUCAGUGCCGGAGGCGGCGCUGGAGGUUCUGUCGGACACGGCGCCGUCCGCCGAGCUGGACACGCGCGGAAACCCUUCGGCGGGACCGCACUGCCGCCAGCUGCGGCAGCGCUUGCGCUACAACGAGGCGGCGCCCCGACUGCUGUGCGACGCCGCUCGCGCCGGCCGCCUGCGCCGGCCGCCGAGCCUCCUGGUCGCCCUCUGGUGCGUCGUCGCCAUCGUCUCCGUCGUAACUGCCCUGGCCUGCCUCUGGCGCUGGCGCUACGGGAAAGGCGCGAGCACCGGCGUGCCCUAUCGCCGCUUCUUCAUCCGUGGCAGCGUGGACGCCUAAUAUUUACCGUAGUUCGUGUACAGCUUAACAGCCUCCUCGGAUUGUGAAUGGAUUUUAUGUAUCACUCGAAAUACGAACAGAGUCGAGGAGACUGAUUCGUUAGGAGACAGAGUUUCCAAGUUGUUAUAAAACUAUUUUAGUAUCCUCUGCCGUUCCCAUUAUCUAUAGUGGGCUGCCAAAUUAAAACCGUACACCAGUCACAAUGGGACCAUGAAAUGGUUCCAUUCAAAAGUAAUCAGUACACGUGUUAAGACAUUCCCACUGGGAGACAAGACGAUCAGUUCCUGUUUUGUAGCAUGCAGUUGGCCACCGAUGGAUAGACCACACCUGCUCUUACACUUCCUCAUCUGAAUGAAACGGGACAUCCACGCAUGUCUUUCUUUAGGUCGCCAAUGAUGUGAAAAACACACGUUGGAAGAUCUGGACUGUACAGAGACUGCUGCAGUGUCUCCCAACCAAAUCACUGAAUUGUAGCCUUUGUCUGAUUGGCAAUGUGUGGGUCGGAAUUGUCGUGCAACACGAUGAUGCUGUCUGACGGCAUUCCUGGGCGUUUUUACUUUAUGGCAGGUCAUAGUCUCUGUAAAUUGUCUUCAUAGCGCUAUGCUUCGAUCGUGGUCCCACGAUCAAAGUACUCGAUGGGCACAGGGCCUUGCAGUUGUAGAUCAUUAUAACCUUACCAGGACUUGUGUGAACGGUUCUGGAUUUUUUUAGCAGGGGAAAUGUGAAAAGUCUGUAGAGUGUUGGCUUUGCCAUUUGCCCUCGGGCUUGAGAUGAUGGCACAAUGUAAAGUCAUUACGACCUCCUUCCUCACCUCUAGAGACCCUCUGGUUGCCGAGUUCCUCGACUGCAGAACCACAAUCAGUGCACAGCGCUAUGAAAACACUUUGCAGAAACUGUGAUGCACCAUGAAGUCAAAACGCCCACGAAUGUUCUCAGACAGAAUCGCCUGUUCCACGAUAAUGGUCACACUUACACUGCCAAUUUUAUGAAGGCUACACUUCAGCAUUCUGGUUGCAAAACACUGAGGCAACAUCUCUACAGCCCAGAUGUGAUUUUCACAUUGUUGGCAACCUGAAGUAAGACAUGCAUGGAUGUCAUUUUCAAUCAGAUGAGAAAAUGCAAGUCAGUGUGGAUCUGCCAGCGGCCAACCGCAUUCUAUGACACAGAAACUGAUCAUCUUGUCUCUCAGUAGGGUCAAUGUCUUAAUGUGCGUGGUUCUUACUUUUGAAUGGCACCCUUCCGUGGUCCCAUUGUGGUGGGUGUUUGGUUCUUAUUUGGUUGCCUCUCAUAAUCUGGCACUAUCUAGAGUGCCAAUGUAGCACACGAGGAAUCACUCGAAAUAAUAGGCUUACUGACUAGAACAAUUUUUAAAAAGACAAUAAUAAUAUUAAUAAUAAUAAUUACUUCAUGUGGCUGAAUGGGCAGGCACACGUGUCUCAAUUGGACACUAUUUCGGCGACUUGCGCAUCCCUUAUCUACUCCAGCUAUUCACCUGGGUAAAGGGAACCUAUAGUGUAAUACGCUGAAUCCUAACUAUGUUUCUUUCUUGGUGCCUACUCACAACAUUGCGAGGCGAAUUCUAGAUUGAAGGCAGGCUAAAAGUUUCUGUCAUCUGGUCAGGAUCCUAUGACCUUCUGGGUUCCAGACGUGUGUUUUACCAUUUUUUAACUAAUCUGUUAUGAAUUGAAAUACAAGAAUUACAUGCUUUUACAGAUGUUGAUGCACAGCUUAACCAUUAUCAGUAUAGCCUACAAAUUAUUUACACUAAACAAGAAAUUCGUAAUAAUAACAAUAUGAUGCUGAUGGUGUUUGUGGUGGUGGUGGUGGUGAUGAUGAUGAUGAUGAUGAUGAUGAUGAUGAUGACGACGACUAUGUAAAAAAGGUCGACUAUAGCUGUGAAUGUUUUGUAUCCACAGGCACAUUUUUUUUAACUACAUAAAUUAUUGUUAGUUCCUCUUUCCUUUAUCCUAUAUUGUAUAUUGUUUGCACUGUUUUCAAUUGUAAUUUUGAGAAAUUAAACAGUAGGAUUGUAACAGUUGCUACAGGUUUAAAGUUUUUUUCUGCAAUAAGAAUUUCACAUGUAUUACAAGGAAAAUGAAUAAGUGAUAUUUAUCUUAAUUAUAUGAAUAAUUUGUUCAGUUUUUUGUAGCUGAAAGUGAUUAGUCCAGUUUUGUUAAUAAAACAAAUGAAAUUAGAUGUCAGAUGUUAAAUACGUCAUUUCCUUCUCUUACUUUUAAAAUAAUAAUGAUAAAAUUAUAAAAAACACAAUGUUACACCAAACAACAAUUUGUCUAUGUUGCAUCCGCAUGUGUGAUCUUGAAGUAGUUUGCAUUUUAAGUCUGUUUCCUUUGUAACUUGAAAUUGUUUUCUCAAUUUUCCUAUUUCAUUACAUGAUUAUGUCAACAAUGCAUGCUCUUCAUUGUCAUUUUGGUUUUUUAACCUGUCUUGAGAAUCACAUGCAAAUAAUUGCACUCUAUCACUCCAUAUCUGGUUCUAAUUUUGCAGUGACAAAUAGUCGAUAAAUUCCUAUACAUCAGUGCCCCUGAGUUUGGCGAGAAAAGAUGCUAAGUGUCCAACAUGCCAGGCUAGUGCCCUGUGUUUAUGCGUCGGGCAUAAAUUUCCAAUCUCACAGCAAAUCUUGGUCAACAUUUACCAUAUUUAAAAUGGUUCUCACCCAGUUCCUCCACCACUACUCCCCACUUUAAAAAUAUGCACAUCAGUUAUUGUGGAAUCUACUGUGUGCAUCACCUAAUGCUUGUAUAUCAUUUAAUUUUGUGAACUGUUCAAGAUAUUGAAACGAGGUUUUAGGCAUGUGAUGCACCAUGAAGAAAUUAUCUGAAAAGAGAGGAAACUGGUAGAUAUGAUGUACAUCUACAGACAUACAAAUGAUUAAAAUUUCAGAAAAAUUGGGUGAUUUAUUCAAGAGAAAGAACUUCACAAAUUAAGCAAGUCAAUAAUGUGUUAUCCACAUCUGGCCCUUAAGCAAGAAGUUGCCGGCUUGUCGUUAUUGAUAAGAGUAUCUGGAUGGCUUCUUGAGUGAUAUCGUACCAUAUCUUGUCCAAUUGGCUUAUCAGAGUGUCAGAACCCUGAGCUGAUUGAAGGGCCCUCCCCAUAAUGCUCCAAAUGUUCUCAGUUGGAGAUAGAUCUAGAGAUCUUGUCAGUCAAGGUAGGGUCUGGCAAGCAUUAAAACAAGCAGUAGAAACACUCACCAUGAACAGGUGGGCAUUGUCUUGCUGGAAUGUAAGCCCAGGAUGGCUUGCCAUGAAGAGCAACAAAAUGUUAACAUACUGCUGUGAUUAAGGGUGCCGCAGGUGACAACUGAGGGUUUCUUGCUAUGAAAGAAAUGGCACCUCAGACCAUCACUGAUGGUUGUCAGACUGUAUGGUGGAUGCCAGUCAGAUCAGUAUCCCACUACUCCCCUGGGUGUCUCUGGACACAUCUUUAACUCAGAAUCUCAUUGACUGGAAUAGAAUUGUCUUCAGUGAUGAGUCCAGCUUUGAACUGAACCCCAAUGAUUAGCAAACAGCUUAAACUGCCAAGUGAGGCUCUCAUGUCAGACUCCGUCUUUAUAUGCAGCACAAAGACAGGCUUAGGCUACCAACUACUAAACAUGAUUCCUCUUGGCCCUAAUUUGUAUGACAAAGAUAUAAGUCACUUAUGAUUGUUGUAACUGAAAUGAUAGGUAGCUUCUAAAUAUCAGAUGGGGCUUAGGAAAAUUAUUCCAAAUGUGUAAUGUGCACCAAACAUGUUUAAGUGGACACAUUUUGUGGAAACAAGUCAACAGCCAAAAGGCUUGAGACAACAAUGCAUGCUGACACAAGAGCCGUACAUGGCAGUGUUUACACCGCAAUAGCCGAUUCUCACCAGCUUGUCUUUCUAUCCUUCAAUUUUUUUGAUAUUUUCGGGAGAAGUUUCAACGCCAGAUUAACAGCAUUGUAUUACUGUACUCAUCUUUUCAACAAUUUUUGAAUGCCAUUAAACAGUAUAUCAACCCAUUUUAAAAAACACUGCUUCAAUGUAUCAGCUGACAACUGAGUUAAGUGGAUUAAACAUGUAACAAACUUAUGUGCCCCUUUGUGUACUAUAAAAAUGCUGAAAAUCUAUAUUAAAUAUUUUGAACAAUUUAUGAAAUAAAAGAGGUGCACUACUCAGGUGAUUCAUCCUGUAUAAACAUACAUACAUCACAUAUCAUAGCUCAUUACCACAAACACAUGUUAUGGUGCUCAACAGUGGGGCUGUUGGUCCAAUUCCUAGUCAGAGAGAAGGCAGUCCCAUCACCAGUGUUUGACUCCAAUGGGAGGAGAGGUGGUGGCUUACAGUUCCAAAACACCAUACUUCAGCCAGUAUCAUAAGUUAUGUAUCAGACCUUUCCACAGCAUCACAUGGACUUGUAGUAUGGAUUUACUGCAGGGUAAGAGUGGGCGAGUGGUUCUCUGCUGGGGGUUGGUGAUUGAGUGGGUGAAUGAGACAGCCAAUGAGUUGAUAGAACACUUUAUUGAUGGACACAAACACACCAUUCAGCACAUCCGAAACAGACAGACUGCAGACAACAAGAGUGAUUUGAUUUGUUUUUUAUUUGGUUCUGUUGAUUAGAUGUACAAAGGGUGUACUAGUAAUACAGAACAAGUCACAUGAAAUAAUAAAAAAUUAUGUCAGCACUUUA